GUAAUAUUUUUGUUAGAAAGGCAUGUUUGGUGCCUCCAAAAUGGAAAUCGUUUUUAUAGGGAGCAGAGCAACACAGACAACGUACAGUGGUACAUUUCUGAGCUCCAACGCAAUUGAAAAUUGAGAUGGCAAGCGAUUUGACCAAAUCUGUCUACGACUUCAUCGUUAAGGAUGCAAAAGGCAACGAUGUACAUCUCAACAUCUAUAAGGGAAAAGUCCUCCUAAUUGUCAACGUUGCUUCCAAGUGUGGGAUGACGAACUCAAACUACACUGAGCUCAAUCAAUUGUACGACAAGUACAGACACCAAGGCCUGGAAAUACUAGCAUUCCCCUGCAAUCAGUUUGGUGAGGAGGAACCAGGAAGCAAUGAUCAGAUAUUAGAUUUUGUUUGCACUCGUUUCAAGUCAGAGUUCCCCGUCUUUGGCAAGAUUGAAGUGAAUGGUGAAAAUGCUUCUCCCCUUUAUAAGUAUAUGAAAUUAGGGAAGUGGGGAAUAUUUGGAGAUGACAUUCAGUGGAACUUUGCAAAGUUUCUGGUUGAUCAGAAAGGGCAGCUCGUCGAUCGCUAUUAUCCCACAACAUCACCCCUUACCAUUGAGAGAGAUGUACAGAAACUACUAGGAAGUAUUUGAAGCCUACUCUACUCACUCACUUUCAUGGAAAUCUCGGUAUUCAUUCACCGUCAGAUCAGUGUAUAAGUGCUAAUCUAUACACUAGCAGUGCAUCAAAUCAAAUGUUCUUCCGGAUUGGAUUUGCAAAAUCUUCUUGGUUUCUUUUUGUGUUUUGUGGCAGGCAAGUGAUGUUUUACAUAUGAAGUUAUGAAGUAUGUAUGCCUCUUCUCCUACUACUUGACUUGAUGAUGCCAAAGUAAUAAAAAAAAAAUAUGAGUCAAGAUUGUUUGGUUUACCUGUAAAAAUGGUCUAAUAAUUGUAUUGUAUUGUAUUUAGAUGAUGAAUACAACAUUCAAAAUUUGCUGCAACUAAAACUGACUGCAAAAAUGGGAAUCAAUUGAAUGAAGAAAAAGAUUGUUGUGUGUAUUCGACGCUAUGAAUUACUAUUAUUUACAGAAGAAAACCAGUGAGACAAGCUCUCCAGAUCUGUUCGUUUCCGAGCUGCUCUUUUACAUGGCUUCCGGUUUCUCCACAACAACAAUCCCACAACAUUACUACACUGCCUUGGGGCUGCUGCUUUUUCCUCGCCAAUGGCAAUGGCAAUGUCAAUGGCAGCUUUCAGUUUUCUACUCUUCCUUCUCGCCUCUGUGUGUCGAGGAGAAGGUGUUUGGGGCUCCUUCGGUUUUCCAAUGCCACACCUGUUUUCACAUCAAAUCAAAUCAAAGGAUUCAAAACCAUUCAUUCUAUUUUGCUAGACAGUAGAACAUGAAAUACAAAGGUUAGAAUCUGUCAAGAACUGAACUGUUUAAAAUUGGUGUUUGUUGAGUAAAUGAAUAGAAUAGCUGAAUUUAGUUAAUGUUGAAA